AUCUUGCGCUAUAGUCAUUCCUAAGUAUGUCUCGAGUGGAGGAGUUGGGUAUAAAGUCGGCACUCAUACUGUAGUGAAUGAACAACGAUGGGGUUGAAGUAGGGGAAUGAGAACUAACUGAAAGUAGCUAAAGUACCCCACGUGAUGGCGCGAAGACGUGCUCCGUAGACAUCGCGGGUGCCUAUGAUAUCAAUCUAAGCUUCAUCCAACGCAAUGUCGUCUGCGAACGCGUUACAAAUAUUGCUGCGAUUUUUAUCGCAAGACGCCAAAGUACCCCUGGGAACAGCGAUGAGUAAGGUGAAGGAUCUACAGAGUGUGCAUUUGAAUAGCCCGAACGAGAUAGCAAAGUCUGAUAUAAAAGCGCUACAGGCAAUCUUUGAGGACGAGAAGCUCUCAAAACAGAUACUAAACGCCGCCAAACGCGUGGUAAAGAAGCGCGUAGCUAGUAAUGGCGAUGAAGCCCUGCAUCCUCCCGUAAAGAGAAGAGCCACCGAAGCAUUCGGUGAACCUUUGACAGGAGCCGAAUUGGAAGAAUCGCUCGAACUCCCUACUGUGUGUCUAGAUGAAGAUAUAUUGAAGAAGACCGUUCUAUUCGCGAACCGAGCACCUCUCGUCCUCGCCUUUGCAGUCGUACUUUUGAAAUACACAAUGCCCGAACAACCCCUGUCCAGCCGUUUAAGCCUUGCGCAGGCCGUCGUCAGUACGAAUAGUCGGACUAAAGCUGUGAGCAUUGGUCUGGAGAGUGGCAAGAGUGCGGAGGAGGAAGGUUACGGUGAAGGGCAACCAACUGUGACCGUAAUGGGUCGGGAGAUAAGAGUUAUGAAAAGAUGGGGCUACGAAUGGCGAAGGGACGAAGUAAAAGAGAAGACAGAAGAUGGAUAUGAAGUGGAGACACAAAGUACAUUAAGAUCAGAAAGAACCUUGACGCAUGAAGACAUGCCUGCUCUAUGGGGUAUAGACCUAGAAGCAUUGAAAAAGUCAAACGAGAAGAACCCAGCCGUUCCCAAGACGUACAUUACAGGCAAUAUCCCUAUAUAUACUGCUCAAUCGGCCAGAGCAUACUUGUUGAAAUCAUUUGGAACACCAGAGAAAGAGCAACAAGAUUCAAAGACUUCCAAGAAGCAGUCUUCUGCGAGCAAGAUGGCGCAGAAAGAACGUAACUUAGGAUAUCUCCUCGGAGCUCUCCAGCUCUUAUUUGAGUCCUGGAGCAAGUCUCUCAGUCCGACAGAGUUGGACAAAAGAGCUUGGUCAUGGUAUGUUCGCGUGCGUCCGGAGGUAGAGGGUGGCGUUGCUGGCUGGGGAAGCAAGAACACCUUGAAACUGUCUGAUAUCCUAUUACUCAGACAUUAA